CCUCCCUAUUCAGUCUUCACCUUCUUUUUCAUUCCUUUUAUUUUUCCUUUAUUUUUUUCUCUCCUUUUUCAUUUCUUCUUCUUCUUAGUCUUCCCGCCGGUCGUUUUAACACUUUUUUAUUCUUCAUCGCUUUCCCGUCUUCCCUUUUCCUCUUCUGCACCAGUCCAGUCUGCUGCUCCUGCCGGCGGUCUUCCCUUUUCCUCUUCUGCACCAGUCCAGUCUGCUGCUCCUGCCGGCGGUCUCCUUGGCCGUCGUUUCUCCCUUCUUCGGCCGGAUCGACGUUGUCUUGGGCUGGAACUGGCCCUCAGCAGGUCAUUACUUGCUAGGACAUGACAAUGCCUGCCAUUUCACCAUUGUUAAGGCUUUUUGCUGUGAAGCAUUCCCGAACAUCUCAUUGCAAUAUAGCAUACCUAUCAAAGUGCUCGUCGAGGGACAUUCAUAUGGAAAGAAGUAGUCAUAUUGACCUGAGAGGCGCUUUGAUUGUUCUAGAAGGUCUGGAUCGAUGUGGGAAGACGUCUCAAUGUGGGAGAUUACAUUCUUACAUAAAAGAGUCGGGACGUUCAGUCGAAUCAUGGAGAUAUCCCGAUAGAAACACAGGUGUUGGGCAGAUGAUUUCUUCGUAUCUAACAAACCAAACACAUUUGGACGACCACACGAUCCAUUUGCUCUUCAGUGCAAAUCGGUGGGAGAAGAGAUCGUUGAUGGAGUCUAAGCUGAGGAGCGGAACCACACUCAUUGUUGAUCGAUAUGCUUUUUCUGGGGUCGCUUUUUCAUCCGCCAAAGGACUUGACGUCGAGUGGUGCAAGGCUCCAGAGGCAGGAUUGCUAGCUCCGGAUCUAGUUAUAUAUCUCGACAUAUCGCCAGAGAAAGCUGCCGAGAGGGGCGGUUAUGGAGUUGAGAGGUACGAGCAGCUCGAGUUUCAGAAAAAAGUUGCUGAUUCGUAUAAGAUGCUUAGCGAUUCGACAUGGAAGAUAGUAGAUGCAACUCUUCCUGUCGAAGACAUCGAGAAAAAAGUGCGCGACAUGGCCAUGGAGUGCGUAGUGAUGUGCGAAAAAGGGAAGCCUUUGUCGAAGCUCUGGCACAAUUAGAUCGAUGGGCGAAUGCAGAUGAAGAAGAGGCGAUGUACGAGUUAAUCGGUGAUCGGGUUUUCGUCGAUGGUUAGUUUUGGAGGGACUAUGUUGAUUAAUGAUGCUGCAUUUUGAAAGGUAUCCCUAAGAAAUACCAACAGAAGUUUUAUUUAUUCAAAUGGCUAUAGAUGCUAUCACUUUUAAUUUUGUUGAAUUGGAAUUUGGAAGGAAUGUUGUGGUUGUGUUUAUGUUAACUCUAGAUUACAUAUUUUGCUUAUAAUUGUGGGAAGCGUUGAUUUUUAAUUUUAGGACAAACUUUUUUUAGUCCCUCCUGUUUGACUUCUUUUAUCGUCUUAGAACUUUAGUGAUCGUGUCCUCUCGU